AUGGCUACUCCAAGCGUUCCAGAACAGCCACUACUUGUGAGAUUACGAUCAAUCUGGGACCGUGCCAAAAGCCUGCCUCUAAUAACUCGGAUUUUGACCUUCGUAUCCGGCUCCGAUACAGCCCAUGAUCAGGUCCAAGAAACUCUCCGGGAAAUGAUCAACCGUACUCGGGAGACGGACGGCGCGAGAAAGAACUUGAAACGUUUACUCUCGGAGUAUAGCUUAUUUAAGGACCGUCGUCUUUUAGAAACAGAAAGUGUCGGCGCUGAAAUUUCUGCUCUUAACAGACUAGCAACCCAUUGGAUUUUGACUCCAAAAGGGCCGCCAACAGCACGUACAGUGUUUUGGUCCCUUGUUUUAAUCGCCAUCUCAGAAGAUGAACGAAGGCAUAUGUUCUCUGGCUGGGCAGGUCAGCUUAUCGAUAGACUCAGGGAGACAAUUCCCAAUACUUUGCAGCUCCUGUACAGUAUCAAGCUUCCCAGAUCAACGAGCAUAAUCUUACCGGUGACUCACAGCGUCUUGUCUGAGCAGCCAGAUCCUAGAGACCUGGGAUCACUGAUUUCAUUCAGCCUCAAAACCAAGGCGAGUCUACAGGGGCGUCUAAAUGAGAUCCAUCUGCAGCCGAUGUGGACAAUCCAGUGCUUAAUUUCUCAUUACUGGAAUACAGAAACACCAGAGUUUUUAGGCCACAUAGCUGAUUUUGAUGUCCAUUCUUUUUCCCACCCCCCACCUCUCAAGCCUUACUCGCUUCGACCAACAGGGAAUGCAGCUAGUCGGCUUCAGGACGAGAUAUACUGGGGAGUGAAUCCUGAGAGUGCAGGUAAUAUGGACCGGACCUGUGCCGAGAAUAAGGUGUUCCUCUAUUGGCAACGCGAUGUGACUCCCUACACGUCUGAUAUCACCGUGUAUGUCUGGGAGCCACAUAAAUCUCUCCCGGUCCCGGAGUUUGCGAAGGUCGAGUAUUUUCCAGCCACAUCGGAUAACGGACAGCCACGGCUUUUGAUCCGAUUCCGUUCAUGUCAUUCAACAGUCCUGUUCUCUAGUUUGAGAGAGAAGAAUAAUGAAACUUGUCAUGACGAAGACUGGGAUCCCGAGAGGGAGGUACUAAUUAAUAUCCUCUGCGUUUUCUCUACGAUAAAGGAAGACACGACCCGCUUCGUAUUUGCAUGCCAUAAACAACUUCAUCUAGUUCACAUUAUGAUCCGGCAAAGCCCAUCUUCAAGCAAGAUGAGUUUCUUGAAUCAUCUUGAAGAUUGCAUAAAUGCAAGCCACUCCGGAAUAGUCCAUGCUCAAGAAGUGCUCCAAGCACUGUCUGAGUGGAGUCAGACAGUUCAAAGCCAACUCUCAAUCCCUGUGAAGGAUGAAUCAAAAGUCUUGACGCUAAUAUCAGCCUUGAAGAAAGACUUCGAAUACUUCAAAACGCAGCUAGAGCAAAUCAAGGAACGUGUCAAGGAAGACAAAGAGCUUCUACGGUCUCGCUCGCAGUCGGUGCAGGAACUGCGGCUUUUUAGGCUGACAGUCUUGGCGGGUGUUUUCCUCCCUCUAUCCUUCACUACUAGUAUAUUUGGCAUGAACAUACAAAGUGACGUAUUGGAAGGUUUGCCUGGGUUAUCGGAAUGGACAAAGUCCUCACUCCAAGCAGUGUCACUAGAGUCGCGAACUACAACAGAGAUCCUAGCCUCGGUUACGAUAACCUCCCAGCCUCUCAGUUUCACAUGGAAGACAUUUGGAAUCACUGCAGCUUGUUUACUACUUACGCUUCCACUGUCACUAGCGAUAGGUGCAAUCCUACGUGGCCUGGUAGGAGGUGUCACCGUCUCGGCUGAGUAUUGGCGUGCCUUGAUUCUGAUGAUUGGGCCCUUUUUUAUUUACCUUACAGUGUUUGGAAACCAGCUCAGUUUCGCAGCUUGGGUGCUUUCCAACACUAUUUUCGUCCUUCUCCAGGUAGGGAUGUUCAUCCGUGCUUGCAAGAGGCAAAAGCGUCGGAAAAUAUGGGCUGCUCUCAUCGUCGUGAGCGCAAUGAGCUAUGCAGUGAGUCCACCAAUCGGCGGUGUUGGCAUAAUGUAUAUCCCGUGGGCUUUGAUCCUACUCACUUUGUUGGUAUUUGGUUUAUCGGCCAUUCUACGUCAGCGACGAUUGAUGGGUAGACAGCCAAUAUCGGAGGAGGUGGAAAGUGGAGUAUACGGAUUAGAGUUGAGGUAUCUCUGA